AUGGAUCGAUAUCUGGGGAAGCCCCUUCCGUUCUUGCAUGGUUGGCGGAAGAUUCCAGGGGACGGCAGCUCGAUUGGCGUCAUUGUAUUCUCCCCCGAUGCGACGUUGAUCGCCACUGGUGAUGAUAAAGGGAUGUUGAGUAUAUGGCAGGCGGCCCCUGCGUGGAGGGUGAUUCGGAAAUACUUCCUGCGGUCCAGAAUUCGGGGAUUAUGCUGGAAUCCAAUACACCAGCUCACUCUCUUCGUCGGUUGCGCGAGUGGUUGCCUCUAUACGUUUGAUUAUGUUAUUCAUACUCUUGAAAAGGAAUCCGCCAACGUUCGACAGCUUCCGGGCUAUAUUCAUUCAUUAGCAAUCAAUGAAAGUGCUAGUAAAUUGGCUAUUGGAUAUACGAACGUUGAGGGUGUUCACAUUGCCUUUGUUGAGGACCCAUGUGGGGACGUCCUCUUGAUUUCUUACUUCGGUCCGCUUGGCAUCCAUGCUGGGGCCGCGCUAUCGCCCUCUGGCUCAAUUUUGGCCGCCACGAACAUGGAUGACGGCAUCGAUUGGUAUUCCAUUACAAGGCGUGAAUACGUGAGCACAACAUAUUACGACGUUCAAGGGGCCAGUCGGUCCAGACGGCUAGUUGGGAUAACAUUUCUGGAUGAGGUGACAGUUUUAGCAGGUCACGUUAAUGGGCACAUAGUUCUCGCAACCACGACCAUGACCAGCGGCCCAAGGUUGUUCACGCUGCGAAGAAAACCCUCAAAAUCAAACCGUGAGGACCUCCUUGCCCUUUGCACUCCUAAUUUAAUCCAUCCAUCGAUAGUUGUUCAGGUGUUACCGCGGGGCAUCCGAGCAGGCGAUUGUCAUAUCCUCGCCGCACUGGGAGAGGGCAGAGAUACCACCUUUGUCGCUGCUUUUGUUACUUUCCCGGACGUAUCCAAACCAUGGGUCGACGAUAGAAUAAAUCUUGAAAUCAGUCAAGCGCCGUCCACCUUUAUGAAGGCUUCAUCUGAAGUAAACCUCAAACGUAACCGUUCUUCCCAACGUGUGCCGAAACAGUCCAGCACAUCGACAAUUAUACUAUUAUCGCUAGCAGCACUAGCCUCAAUGCUCUUCAUCUGGCACGAUGUAUUGCAAGCUCAUCAUGCAGGCUCUCGGCUGUCCAACAAAGUCAAUCUCGAGCGGGAUAGUAGGGAGCUUACGACUACCCCACCACCGGCAUCCGCGGUGCAGACGACAAUCAGUACUGUUUCAUAUACCACGACCACUAUAACCACCACGAUGACGGUGAUAUUACUUGCAAAUCACACCGCAACAGUCGAAGAACCAACUACACACUCAUCGGACACAGCAUCAACUGCAAUUCGCCUCGCAAUGGCUUUGCUCGUGCCCAUCUCGAUACUCGCUUAUUCCUCCUUCAAAUCAUCUCGCCUUGCCACCCCCUCUGACCCUGCUAUGUUCAAUGGGUCUCUUGACAUAGCCCCUUUCACUCCGCCUGAGCCUAUUCAGCCUACAACCCUUCGGGACCCCGAAUGCGAAAAAUUGCUGAGCCCUAGCGCAGCCCUCCAACGGCCUAUUGGUCAAACUUCACUAACAUUAGUGAGCGCGGAGGGGCAGGCAGACGAUUCAUGUCCAGGCUCCACAAUUGAAAUGGUUCCAGCAAACUGGCCUGGGGGUCCACUUAGCUGUGAUGAGGAAACGUUGAUUCCACAGGAUGUAGAUGGCGCACCGCGGAUAAACUCUCCCGACUGCCAACUGCCUCCUAAUCAUUCCUCACCAACCACUAUUGACGAACAUCGUCGAGUUACUGAGGAUGCUCGAGCGGGUGAUGGGAGGACUGACGACUCAAAUACAAAUUCAGACCCUAGGACUGUAUUGCCGGAUAUGCAGAAGGCACCAAGAAGCAUGCCUGAAGGGCCGGGCAUGCGUCGCCGGUUUGAGGAAGAUUUUGCCCUUCCAUCAAUUCCAGAUGAGGAGAUCAUAAUUGAUCCAACUCCCGAGGUCGACAAUACGGAGAGGCUUGCGGUGCUUGACCAGAGAUUAAAAGACUUGAACGAAUCUUGGGCGACGUGGAUGAAGGAGGUCGAUGAAAUGAUAGGAUACAACAAGAACUCCUUCGGCGGUACACAAGAAAUAUCACAUGCCCUUUACAUUCUACCAAGGGACCGCGAUUUUGACUUCGAUAGCCUUCUUCAAACCGUUCAAGACGAGUGCAAUGGGGACGACCCCUUUGGCUCGAACUCACCCCUCACAAGCCCGGAAGCAUCGCCGCCUCCUUCUCCUGCUCUCCUCCCACAGGAAGUGACUUCCACAGAUCCCAUCUUCGAAAUGGAUCAGUCAGGCGUAGGCCCCAUCCGUCAGACCAAGUCAAAUCACGCCAAGCGUCAGGGCCAUAGCAGCAGGCGGAAGAGGCGCAAAGAGGAUAAAGACCGAAAGAACUUGAAUAAUGAGGCUGCUAUAUACGAGCCGCGGGCCUCCAGCAGCAGCAAACACAUUCGACCAUCUUCUGCCCUUCACACAGAUGUGGACAGCGAAAACCAACUCCUCGCUGCAUCGACGGGUUAUGUAGGCGCUAGGGGGUCCGGAAGGGGUGGCCGAAGGAUGCUUCCACUUCAGAUCUUUAUUGAGCCAAAUUCUCGCUUUGGGCUUGAGCUCAAGCAUUGGGAUGGAAGGGUCUCUAUCCCAAUCCUCGAUCAGAAACGUCGUGUCAUUGCUGUUCUUGUAGGUUGCCCCGGCAACGGCGUUGGUCACUCGGGGGUCACUCGGGAGUGGCAGCGAUUAAAUGAAUUGGCGUGCCAAGCUCUGGAAGAUGCUAGAUCGAAGCUCACCUUCAGCUCGAAAGAGAAGGUACACCGCCGCGGUCGAUUUCCUGCACUCGGUGUUGGUAUAUCUCACGGCAGCGGGCAAACUCGGCCUGGAAACCUCCACCACUCCUCACAUAACAUGGCGAUUCUUCAACAACUGCUUGCUAAUGAGGCGUUCAUUCGACUUUCUGGGUUUGUAAUCGGAGCCUUCGGGACAUGGGCCCCAAAGCUCCAUGCCUAUUACGUUGAAACCCUCAACAAGUUGCUCAAGCAUGACCCUAACCUGUUCCUAAACUUUGCUAAUGGCGUCUGGGCUGCAGCCACCUUCAAUUUCGGCCCCAAAACCGUCUGCUUUAAGCACAAAGACUGCGCAAACCUUCCGCAUGGUUGGUGUGGCAUAACGGCGCUUGGGAAUUUCAACCCAAAUCUGGGGGGCCACAUUAUCUUCUGGCAGCUCGGCCUCAUUAUCCAGUUUCCCCCAGCAUCAAGCAUUUUGGUUCCUUCAGCGUCCGUGGACCAUCAAAAUGUGCCCAUUGGGGCAGACGAGCGCAGGUAUUCAUUUACGCAGUACACCGCCGGCGCACUAUUUAGAUGGGCUGAACACGGCUUCCAAAAAGAAGAAGAGUAUCUUGGGUCAUUGACGGCGAAGGGGCGGGAGCAGGAGUUGAAGAGAAUGUCGGAAAUGAUGAAGAAGGGUUUGAACAUGUUUUCUACGAUUGAUGAACUAGCUCAAAGUAAAUAA